AAGUGGUCCGUGCACCACAAGCUCCAUUGGACAUCACGAGGCUGAAAGGCUGUGGCUGAAAUGUGGCUGACGUAAUCCGAGGUCCACAUAUCAGCACGAACGCCGUCAUUAACCGCAACGAGAACAUUCUCCUAAUUCAAACACGACAUCAGGAUCUCCCUCACAGAAAUUAGAAGCUAUGAAUACAACAACCCCUCGCAUCUCUGCCGCGCUCGCGCGUGCCUCCCGCUCUGCCGCUGCAAAGCAAUCCCCUCACCAGCUUCGCCCUCUCGGUUCCCGCAUCCAGAGCAUCCGCACACCUACAUCAAUCCCGCAGUCGCGCCUCUUCAGCAUCGCAGCAGUACGCCAGGAUAACUGGAAAACUGCACCAGCUCCCAUCGCAGCUUCCAGUCCAACUCCCUCAAAAGCACCAAGCAAAAUCUACAGCUUCGAAGAAGUCCGCACCCACGCCCAAAACCCAACCCCCACCUCCCCCAUCCUAAUCGAUGUCCGCGAACCCGGCGAGCUUCACACCACAGGCCGCAUCCCCACCUCCGUCAACCUCCCCCUCUCCUCGUGCCCCGACGCCUUCUUCCUCCCCGCCGACGAGUUCGAGGAGCGAUUUGGCUUCGAGAAGCCGAGAGAGGGGAGGGCGGUUGUGUUUUAUUGUAAGGCUGGCGUGAGGAGUAGGGCCGCGGCGGCGUUGGCGAGGGAGGGGGGCUGGGGGCUGGUGGGGGAGUUUCCGGGGAGUUGGAUGGAGUGGGAGGGGAGGGGUGGGUACGUUGAGAGGUAG